GCUAGAGUAGUGUUGAUACCAAUUAGUCGUGUCGCGAUCACGGAGUCAAGUGGUUUUGUUCUCACUGUUUUCGAUCUUCCUCCCGAGCCGAUAGAGCUUUGUUUCGAUUACGGUCGUACGCUACGGUUGUUGUUUGUGUGAGGUUUUCCAAGUUACUUCGCUUGUUCAAUGAUCUCCCGUGGGAACCACAAUGAACUGGUUUGAUAAAAGUUGCGUUUUGGGACUGCUGCUGAUCAACUGUAGUCUGUUGCUGGUUACUGCUCAACAAACAUGCAUCGCACCGGAUCAGAAGCCCGGCCGAUGCAUACUGCUGCGAUCGUGCGGUAGUUUGUACACGUUGAUCAAAAAGAAACCUUUACUGCCGGAUGAUCGCGUCUUCCUCAGCCGAAGCCAAUGCGGAUGGUCUGUACAGGACAAUCACCCACUGGUUUGCUGUUCCGAUCCUUUGGAGACACCGAUCCGCAUUGGAGCUUCUCUUCUGCCGGCGGUCGGUGUUUGUGGAAUUCAGACUAGCGAUCGUAUCAUCGGUGGGGUCAACACUAAAAUCGAUGAAUUCCCUUGGCUUGCGCUGCUAAAGUAUGCCAAACCAAACAACCUGCACGGGUUCCAUUGUGGUGGAGUUCUGAUCAACGAUCGGUACGUGCUCACCGCGUCCCACUGUGUCAACGGAAAGGACAUUCCGACAACCUGGGAUUUAGUUGAGGUUCGCCUUGGUGAAUGGGACACCUCGACCGCACAGGACUGCGACGGGCUCGGUGUGGAUUCCGACUGUUCACCGGAUCCAGUGGACGUGAUAAUCGAACGCAAACUUCCCCAUCCGGACUACAAUCCUCAAUCACUGGAACAGUACAACGAUAUUGCCAUGCUUCGGCUGGCACAGCGGAUUGCCUAUUCGGAGUUCAUUAAACCGAUCUGCUUACCGCGAUCGGUCGAGCUGAAGAACAAAGACAUCGUCGGUCAGCACCUGCAGGUUGCCGGAUGGGGACGUACGGCCACGGCACGGUUCAGUAAUGUGAAGCAGAAAGUCGGUGUCGACGGCGUUGAACUUGCCAGAUGUAAUGAGGUUUACAAGCAAGAACAGGUCGUUUUGCGCGAUGGACAACUGUGUGCUGGAGGGCUGGCCGGUAAGGACUCCUGUCAGGGUGAUUCCGGAGGACCUUUGAUGGCCGUAACGACCAAUGAUGCGAAGACUGCCUACUGGUACCUAACCGGGCUGGUGUCGUUCGGUCCGACGCCAUGUGGCCAGCAAGGAUGGCCUGGAGUGUACACCAAUGUUGCCAAGUAUGUCGAUUGGGUCGAGUCGAAUCUAGUGGAAUGACAUGUAUCUUUACUAACUGUUUUACAUUAAUACUCUACAAACGAGAAAAGCUUAAAUAUAGGAAUAGUGUUUGCGCUUUUCGAA